AUGACGAUCAGCGGCCUUGAACCGCUACCGUCGCCUUCUACAUCCACGGACCCCAGUUCGAUCAUGCUGGAGCAGAUACUGACGGCCAUGGCUCGCAUGGAGUCGCGACUAGAGGCGCGAAUAGACGCGCGGCUUGAAGCAUUGGACCGCGGCGCGGCAAAGGCGGUUGCACCGCCGAGACCUGAUCCGGACCCACCAUCGGGAGGCCUGCAGCAGUUCGGCCAACAGCCGGUGUUUGCACAGGCAGCCAGAGGGACACAGGCCGGGGCGCCACGGCUGGGGAUAGGCGACCCGUCGGGCAGCAGCUACGCAGGGAUCUUGCCAAACCCUAACAUGGGGUUGAAUUCUUGGGCGAAUCCUACCGCACCGAGGUCUUCCGCGUGGGAUCCACCAGGGGCCAGGCCAGAGUGCGCACCUGCUAGACAACCAACAGCUUGGGAUAAUCCGGCGGCUAGACAGUACGGGGGGCCACAGUUCGAGCAGGCGAGCCAAUUCAAGAUGCAUCAGCCGCGAUUUGACGGCUCGGAGGCGGCGAGUUGGAUCUCAAGGGUGCAAUAUUAUUUCGAGCACUUGCUAAUGCCGGAGGAGCACAGAUUGCACUAUGUUAUUAUGUUGUUCGACCCGCCUGCCUCAGAAUGGGUGUUCAACUAUCGGGCGAAUAAUCCACAGGCAAGAUGGACGGAUUUCUUGGAGGAUGAAUACAUUUUGUUACCAAUUUACGUGGAAGGCCUUCGGCAGCCAAUUAAGAACCAGGUGAAACAUCAGAGUCCGGCGUCGGUUGCAGCAGCAAUGGCCUUGGCGAUCGAGUAUGACAGUUGUGUGGAACAACCGUCGAUACCAUCUGGGGGACCCCGUCGUCCAUGGCAGAAUCGCGAUCCGCGGCCGCUAGGACAACCGCCACAACCAUCGGCGUUGCCAACUCCCUCCAACCCGCCGAUUCGAUCCGCCCAGUCCCGAGGUUCAGAAUAUCCCCGAAUGCCGGUAGUCCGCUUGACGGCAGCCGAACGAGCAGAGCGCACUAAGCUGGGCUUAUGCUGGUACUGCCCUGAAAAGUGGGUGGCGGGACAUUCCUGCAGAGGUCGGUUUUUGGUGUACAUGGGGGCAGACAUGGAGUCAGACGAGGAAUCGGAUGAGUGCCAGGAGGAUCAUCAGGAUCCACCGGUCAUAUCGGCGGACUUGUCCCACAUUUAUACGUUGGAUGGCCGUCAGAGGGAGGACGACAUCGAAUUGCGCGGGCUAAUUGGCGACUUGUCCGUCAGAAUUUUGGUUGAUACGGGGAGCUCGCACAAUUUUCUGCACCCGGACAUUGCAGAGAGGUUAGACAUGCCAUUGAAGCGGAUAAGACCCUUCCGUGUAUAUGUCGGAAACGAAGAAUCGUUAUUAUGUACUUACGCGAGUAUUCAAACCAGAGUGGUGAUUCAAAAACACGUGUUUCUAGUCGAUUUACACAUUUUGCCGAUACACGGGCCGGAGGUGAUAUUAGGGAGAAUUUGGCUGAAACAGAUGCGCAGGGUGACGAGCGACUACAUCGAGGGGACAUUGGAGUUCUCACGAAAUGGUAAAAAAGUGUGUCUUAAGCUCGUUCCACCAUCAACAGAAGAGGUCUCGUUAAAGACUUUCUCCACAUUAUUAUCCCUACAAGGCGAGGCAGAGUUGUUGGAAAUCAUACAAGUUCCGACGGCAGACGGUCCCGUGGAGCCAGAUGACAACACACUAGUGUUUCCGGCUGACCUCCCAGAGGAGAUACGAAGUGUCCUGGAAGCCAACACGACAGUUUUUGGCCUCCAUUCCGGCAUGCCACCGAAACGGCAGUUUGACCACAAGAUCCAUCUCCUGCCACAUACUAAACCGGUGAACGUGCGACCUUAUCGGAAGAAGGACGGAUCCUUUCGAUUCUGCAUUGACUAUAGGGCGUUGAACGCGGCAACUGUGCCUGACCACUUCCCCAUACCAACGACGGAUGAGUUGUUCGAUGAGUUGGGUGCGGCCAGAUUCUUCACCAAACUGGACUUGCGCUCCGGUUAUCAUCAAAUCCGUAUGAGUGAGGACGACGUUUUUAAAACAGCAUUUCGCACACACGACGACCAUUUUGAGUUCCUAGUAAUGCCAUUCGGGUUAACAAACGCACCGUCGACUUUCCAGGCGGCCAUGAAUGCGAUUUUCAGACCCCUCCUGCUCCAGUCAGUAAUAGUCUUUUUUGACGAUAUCCUCAUCUACAGCCCAUCCCUCCCGGCACACGUCCGCCAUGUUCACAAGGUCCUAUCUAUCCUCAACACUCACCACUUCUUUGUGAAGAUGUCUAAGUGCACGUUCGCCUGCUCUACGGUCGAAUACUUGGGGCAUCUAAUCUCGGAGGGCAACCUAAAGGCGGAUCCGGCUAAAAUUGAAGCUAUGGUGGUCUGGCCAGUUCCAACAACGGUGAAACAGUUGCGUGGUUUUUUGGGGCUGACAGGGUACUACCGCCGUUUCAUCGAACAUUAUGCGUCCAUCGCGGGGCCUUUGACAGAUCUAUUGAAGAAAGACAGCUUUGGGUGGUCCCCGACAGCGGCCGAGAGUUUUGUGGCCUUGAAAAAGGCGAUGUCAUCAGCAUCGGUCCUUCGCCUACCGAAUUUUGACCGCACGUUUUACUUGGAGACGGACGCGUCAGAUUUUGGGAUAGGAGCAGUUUUGCUUUAG